AUGGAGCCGGCGGUGGCCGUCGCCUUGAAGGACUCUUCGGAGUUAGUCAAGCUGAAGGCAGAGCGGGAUCGACUAGAAGAAGUGUUCAGCACGCAGCAAGAGGCUGCAAAAGCUGCUGAGGCGGCUCUGGCAACGGCAACGGAGGAGCAGACACGCUGGCGCCAGCGCGUCUCAGAGUUGCAGAAGCUCCGUUCAGAGCAGGCUGCCGCAAUCGCGGCUGACAGUGAGCGACGGCGCGUUGAG